CAGCGCGCUGUCACACGCAGAACAAUGCCAGAACCACAUGCACGGUUCACAAGUGCGCACUUGUGAAAACGGUGGUUCUUUUCUGUGUGUAAAAUCCGGAACGCAGAUAGUGAAGUGACAGUUUUUGUUUUUUUUGCUUUCUUAAAAAAUAUUCAUGUGACUCAUCGGAACGGUGUAAAUGAGUGUGUGUGUGUGUGGUAUGUGCGAUAAGGCGAGCGAGACGGGUCAGUAAGAAGGUGCCGUACGACUUGAUUACUGGCACCCCGUCGUCAUCACUACCGCGCACCGUGCACGUUCAUAAUCCACCGUGUGGGGUGGAUUUGUAGUAACAAAAGAAAAACAACAGACGGAGCGAGGAAAAUCGUUCCCCGGUUGGACUCUGUAGCAGGCGGAAUCGGAUACACCUUUGGUGGAGAAUAAAAAAAAACCCCCAACAGUUGCUAGAUCGUGUAAAGUGCAGGUUGGUAGUAGUGUGGCUGGCACCAUCGCACCCAAUGAUGUCAUCGCUGUUCGCUCAGCUCGAACCAUCACCCAUAUCCCCCCAGUGUGUUAGGCCAGUGUGCAAGUGGCAAUAGUUAGUGAAAAGGUGGUGACAAACACUUGUUUGUGCGUUCUACCAUAUUGUGCCCACCGCUGCCAGGUCCCGUCUCCGUCCGGUCAGCCUAAAAGUGGCAGCAGCUGCUGCAGCACUUCUUCCAAACACUCAGGCUACAGAGCGCGGUUGAUAACAGUGUAGAAAAGCGUGAAAUACGACCCUAUAGUGAACGGACGGGCGGGAAGGCUGGGCUGGGCGAGGUGACGGUCGGCCCUGCCUGUGACUGCGUCGCAUUUUAAUGGUGGUGUAGCACGUUUUUCUUUCGUCGAUGCGUAAAAUACGACCAACGAAUAUGUGCUGCUGGGGGUGGAAAGUGUACACUCAAAAAUAGAAAACUUUGAAAACAAAGCGAUAAACACGUGUGUAUGUAGGGGGUGGUGGUGGUGGUGGCGGUUGUGUGCUGGGUGACACGGUAUCGAUGCAAUUGCGGUAGCCCGAGCGGAUUAAUACAACCAAAUUGGACGGAGCAGCAGCAGCAGCAGCAGUAACCUGAGCAGGCGGAGUAGGAAAGAUGGUGUUCGAAAGCAUCGUCGCCGACGUGCUGAACCGAUUCGUCGGGGAGUACGUGGAAAACCUGGACAAGAAGCAGCUGAAAAUUGGCAUCUGGGGUGGCGAUGUCGUGCUCAACAAUCUCAUCCUGAAGCAGAGUGCUCUCAAAGAGCUCGACCUGCCAGUGACAACGUUGUACGGGCAUCUGGGGAAGCUGGUGCUUAAAAUUCCGUGGAAAAAUCUCUACAGCGCCCCGGUGGAAGCGAUCGUAGAUAAGCUGUAUGUGCUGGCCGUGCCCAACACGGACGUGCGCUACAAUGACGAAAAGGAGCAGCGCGUUGCGUUCGAGGCGAAGAAGGCGGAGCUGGCUCGCAUCGAGCAGGCGAAGAAAAACGAGGAAGAGAAGGAGAAGGUAACCCCGGUGGCUGACAAAUCGUUCGCGGAAAAGCUGACCACCCAGAUCGUGAACAAUGUGCAGAUCAAAAUAUCGGACAUCCAUAUCCGGUACGAGGACACGACCACCACCGGGCACCCGUUCGCGUUCGGCGUGACGCUGAGCAAUCUGAGCGUGCACACCACGGACGAGAACUGGGUGCAGACGCUGGUGUCCGAGUCGGUGACGAAAAUUUACAAGAUGGCCCAGCUGGAAAUGCUUUCGGUGUACAUGAACUGCAACACGCAGCUGUUCCAGUACUCGGAUCCGUCCGAGUAUCGGGCACUGUUCGAGGCUUCGAUCGCGUCCAAAACGCGGCAACCCGUCGACUAUCACUACAUCUUCGGACCGAUCAGUUCGGGCGCGUGCCUCGAGAUGACGCCAAACCCGGAGCUGGGCGACGCACCGUUCUCGGCGCCCAAGAUCAAGCUGAAGCUGUGCAUGGAAACGCUGGCCAUCGGCAUCACGCGUGUACAGUUCCAAAACACCAUGCAGCUGGUGGAAGCGUUCGGGCGCAUGAUGCGUGCCAUGCCGUACCGCAGGUACCGGCCGUACGGGUUCGGCUACAAGGGCAACUACAAGGAGUGGUGGCACUUUGCCUACACCUGCAUCCUGGAGACGGAGGUGCGCCGCCGCAGGCGGAACUGGUCGUGGGAAAACAUGAUGCGCCAUCGGCAGAACCUGCGCCGGUACGAGGAAGCGUACCGGCAGCAGUUGACCGCCAAGAAGCUGACUCCCGAAAUCGUGAGCCGCAGCGAGGAGUAUGAGAAAAUGCUCGACCUGCACAAUAUCGUCGUGAUUCGGCAGAAGGUGGCGCUGGAGGUGGAAAAGGAAGGGAAGCGGCAGGCGGAGGAACAAAAAGCUGCCGGGUGGUUCAGCUCCUGGUGGGGCGGAGGUGCUAAAAAGGAGGAGGAUACGGCCGGUGGUGACAUUAAGAAGCAGUUCGAAGCAGCAAUGACGCCGGCGGAAAAGGCCAAACUGUUCCAGGCCAUCGGCUAUCAGGAAAAUGAUGCGCCGACCGAGCUGCCGGAACACUACGUCGCUCAGAUACUGGAGUUUGAGCUGAACUCGCUGGAAGUCUCGAUAAAGUCCGAGCUGUCGGAUAAGGAAACCGUGCUGAAUCGUGUAAUGCUGCUUGAGCUGAAGAACGUGAUCUGUGGCGUACAGCAACGGCCCUCUGCGGGCGCUAUGAAGGCCUCGUUGGGCAUGCAGGAGCUUACCAUUUCCGGCCUUCGGCAAGGCGAAAUACUUCCCAUCAUGGUAAAAUCCCAACUGGAAGGGUCCAAGACGCUGCUCGACGUGUCGUUUGAGACGAACCCGGAAGAUAAGCUAUGCGAUCAGCGGGUCGUGGUCACUUCCAGGCCGCUGCAGAUUGUGUACGAUGCCGAAACCAUUAUUCAGUUGGCCAAAGUGUUCCAAACUCCACGAACGGCUACAAUUUCGCAGUUAACGGAUGCCGCCGCCGAAAAGUUGGUGAAUAUCAAGGAGCGUUCGGCGACGGGCUUGCAGUACGCGAUCGCCAAACACCCGCGGCUAGAGCUAAACAUCGAAAUCAUGCCCAGCUACAUCAUCGUGCCGCACGGGGGCAUAUUCUCCAGCCGCGAAUCGGUGCUGGUGCUCAGCUUGGGCAAGCUGCUGGUGCAAACCGAACCGCGACCAAUCAACCAGCGCGACGUCCACACCAUGCACGGGGAGGGCAUCGGGCAAGAGGAAAUCCUAUCGGAAAUCAUCCGCCAAAGUUACGACAAGUUUGUGCUGGAGGUGCGCGAUGUGCAGGCGAUCGUGGCCACCUUCGACGAGGAUUGGCAGGGCACGCUGCGGGUGAAUGCGGUGACCGAGCUGCAUCUGCUAGAGCCCACCUCGUUCCGCAUCUCGGCCCAUCUGUGCGUGAUCGAUGACGAUCCUCGGCUGCCGAAGUGCAAAAUAUUCGGCGUGCUACCAUCGGUGAACGUGUGCGUUACUGAGCAGCGGGUGCUGGAGGUGCUGUCGAUUGUCAGCAGCAUCCCACUGCCCGAAAGCGACGAGCAGCUGCAACCGGUCCCGAUCGCGAAGGACUCUAACGUGUUCAGCUCCAGCCUGUCGUUGCUGAAGUAUUUGGAUGAAAAGCAGGUAAAGCUGCCGAAAAUACAUCGCCCACCGGAGGCACUGAACCCAGCCGACGCGGUUGAUGGGGACGUAGUGCAGUUUACUGAUAUGGAAAUCAAGUUCGAACUACACGAAUGUUCUCUUACUAUUUUCAAAAUGAAUGGUGGUGGAACCGGCAGCAGCUCGUCGGAUGUGUUUGCAACACCGACCGAAGAAUUCUCACAGUCACCAGUCGAGCAGGACUACCAUCCGCACAAAAGUGUGGCCUUCAACGUGCCCUACGGGGGCUCGGUUGGUAGCAAUCAGCGUAAAAUAAUUGCUUUCAAAGUGAAGCAGCUGGAAAUGACCAUGGUACAGCGUACGUACGAUCUGAAGGUAGCCCUAAAGCUUGGUGCCGUCACGCUGGACCAGUUCCGCUGGCGCAACGAACAGGAGCGCGUGCUGAACGUCAUCCAAACGCCCAAGUACGACAACAACGACGACUAUCUGUUCACCGUCAACUACAGCAAUUGCAAGAAAAACAGCCCCGAAUUCACAACGAAGUAUGAAUCGGUGGAGCAGGAGGUGGCCAUCGACUUUUCCACCCUGCUGUUGCUGCUGCACGAGGACGCACUGAAUGAGCUGAUUCAGCUCGGUAACGAUUUUCAGAUGCGAAUGGAAGCGGUGGCCAAGAAGAAAGAGUCGGAAGCAAACGGUCUACAGCCGAAGGAUCAUUUUGCAACGAUACAUGAGGAGGAGAGCACAGCCACUGCUCUGCUAAAUGCGGCACGCGAAAGAUUGCCCACAAUAUUGGAGGACGAUGGUAUUGUGACCAGCAGUACCAGCAAAGUUUCUCGUAAACGUCAAUCAAUUGUAGAUAGUAUCAAAGUCAGGGUGAUGGCAAAGCUGGAGGAUGUCACGGUGGAGCUGCAAAAUGACAAGCGAUCUUUGGCCGUGCUCGAAGUCAAAAACCUAACGAGCAGUGUUAUUAUGAAAACCUCCUACACGGAAAUAAAGCUGCGGCUAGAGGAUAUAGUCCUUACCGACACCAAUCCAGCUACCAUACACAGUAAAAUACUGUCCAUCAUCGGUGACGAUGCACUGCACGUGCAGGUGAUACUGUUCGAUCUGGACGCCACCUCAGACUACAAUUCCGACAACAUGCGUAUCGAGGUGGUGAUGGGAUGUGCACGGAUCGUUUUCCUCAACUGGUUCGUGACGUCCGUGCUUGCAUUCUUGGACAAUUUCCAAGCAGCUCAGCAACGCAUCAAAGACGCGAGCGCUGCCGCAGCCGAAGCGGCAAAGAACAAUGUCGUCGAAGCGUACACGCAGGCCACUCGAAUGAAGUUGAACAUUAAAGUGAAAGCUCCGAUCAUCAUCAUACCGGUCGAUUCGAAAAGCUUGAAAGCGGUUGCGAUGGAUUUUGGCCACCUAAGCAUAACUAACAAUUUCAAGGAUAUUCCGACGGACCACCAGCACGGACCCGCGGUCAUCGAUGAGAUGAAAAUCGAGCUAAAGGAUAUGAAGCUAGCAAAGGUGGAGGUUUCGCAAACGGAAUCGAGUGGGGAAUCCUUUUCGCGGUACGGUUCCGAGGACGUAUCCUAUGGAGUUGUGCCAGAUCAGGGAGCAGUGCUUAGUCCGACUAGUUUUACGUUGAUUAUGAAGCGGAACCUCUCCUCCGGUUGGUACCGGGAUCAUCCAGACAUGGACAUUUCGGGACGACUGAAAGCGGUUGAGCUGAACUUUAUAGCCACCGAUUACAGCGUGAUAAUGCAGAUUUUAUCUAAGAAUAUGACUGAAGGACAGGAGGAAUUCAAGAAACCAGUGAAAAUUGAAAAAUCGCCCACUAGUCCACAAGUGUGCUACAAUAACGCUGUUACUACAAUUGCCGAUGUAAAUCUGUCGCCUGACGCGAAAUCAAACUGGACGGCAGUGGCUAAAAAAGCAGCGGCUAAACCGUUCGGUGUGGAUAUGGCACAAUUGAAAGCGUCAGAAAACAAACCGUCCGAUAGGCCAGUUGAGCCGGCAAAAGUGGAUACUUUCCUUAAGUUUAGCUUCCAAGUGGAUAGCAUCAACAUUAAACUUUUCACAGCUCCUGGUGAAGGGUUGGCAGGAUUUGAGGUGUUUUACUUGUCCUUGCAAGGAAGGAAGCUAACAGACGGUAGCUUAAACACAGCAAUAGUGCUUUGCGACAUCAGGCUGGACGAUAUUCGACCAAACCGUGAAAAUAUGCUCACCAGGUUAAUGGAACGUCGAUCGCAAGAAUCUUCGAUGGAUCUGUCCAGCGUGAAAGAUUGUGACGAGGAGCCGGAAUCAUCGAUGGCGUUUCCCUUACGUUCGAUGAUUAAUAUCACCUUCAACAUGAAGGAAAGCGAUAUGUUUGCGGACGUGAAAGUGUCCAGCUUUAAUUUGAUCCUUUCGGUGGACUUUCUGUUGAAGCUGCAACAGUUUCUGCAGCCCGAAGAGCUGGUUGAGCAAAAAGCGAUCCAAGCGGCAGAAGUCGAACAAACGGAGCGUUUGCGACGCGCGAGCACAUCCGCUGGUCCCGUCAGCCAACAGCAAGAAGCAGGACAAAUUACGGUAAUUCUGAAGAUCGAACAGCCGGACAUUAUUUUGGUGGAGAAAAUGGAUGACAUCAACUGUUACGCACUGAUACUGAACAACGAGAUAUCGCUAAACGUUCGGCUAAUAGGGGAGCGUCAAAUCAUCAAGGGAGAGCUGAAGGAUCUCUGCCUGUACUACGCGGAGUUUAAUCCUGAACGACGCAACUCUACGAAGCACUACGUUGUACGCCCAUGUUCCAUUAGCUUGAACGGUUCAACCCCUGAGGGGCUUGGUUUGCAUCUGAGCAUAAACUGCACGGAAAUAGAACUCUCCGUAUCGCCGGCAGUGAUCGAGCUCAUGAACAAUGCGCUCCAAACUCUAACCGCUAAGGAGCAGUCAAGAUUAGACGAAUCGGCAACAGCGAACGAUUGUGUGGAUUUGUGGCAUGUAAAAGAGUUCGAUCCGGACCAGUAUUGGUUCAUUCAGCCAGAGUUGGCCGAAGACGCGCUGAGCUUGGAAUCGAUGCGAACGAUCGAGAUCAAGGAGGAAAAGUGCAUGAUUGACAUACCGUGCAUUUCGCUGAUUGUGGAAACUGGUCUCGGUACGAACACAAUUCCUAUGCUGUACAUCAAGACAAGCUUGGAAGGAUCGGUAGCCAACUGGAGCUCGGACAUGAAGAUAAGUAGCUCGCUGCGCUUGAGUAUGUCGUACUACAACCAGGCGCUUGCGCUGUGGGAGUACGUCAUCGAACCUAACGUAAGCGAGCAGCCGAAUGGUCAAAUAACGAAUAUUCCUUGGGAGCUAACGUUCGAUCUGGAGGUGGACCACCACGAGGAUCGGUCGCGGGAACCGACCACGCGAAUGCAUAUCGCUUCAAGGGACAGUCUGGAAAUGACGGUCACCAAAACCUGCCUCGAUGUGGUGCAGAAUCUUGGCAAAGCGUUUUCGGAAGCUAUCAAGCGGGAUGGAAUAAUUAAAUCGGAAAUACAAGCCCCGUACGUAGUGCGCAACGAUACAGGCCAGGAUGUGAAGGUAAAUUUGGCUGCCAGUGAUUUCAACAUCCACCGGUCCCAUCUUACCUCCACGCACCUGGACGAGCUGGUUGCAUUUGAACAGUCGGCCGACGAGGAACAAUCGAUAGGCAGCUGCAUUAUAAUGCCGAAUGGGCGUUUGCAGCUGCAACCGAAGCAGCACAGUUUCGAACGCAGCACGAUCCUCACGGUGCUGGACGAUAAGGACACGAGCAAGCGCAUGUUCGUGAAGGUGAUCGUUGGCGACACGGACAAGGAACUGACUCUGCCGGUGUACAAGUCCGACAAACGGUACUUCCCGCUCUUCCGCAGCACGGGCCAGGAGGCGUGGGGCAUUAUUUCGGAGGUGAAAAUCGAACACGGCUGUACUGUGUUGGUGUUGCGUAGCAUCGUACAGGUGUACAAUCACUUUACCGUCCCGAUAGACGUGUUCCAGUUUAUCGACCACGAAAAGUAUCACAUCGGCGAGGUGCGGGCCGGCGGAUACCUGAAUGUACCACUGUACUACUUGUACAACGACUCGAAGGAGCUGCACUUCUCCAUGAAAGGCUACCAUUCCUCGGCGCAAGGCAUCAGCUGGAAAGAGUCACCAAAUAGCUUCGAGCUAAUGAAGGCGCUCCAGUGUGAUCCAAUCAAAACGUUUGAACCAUUUUACAUUAAUGCUGUUCGCCAACGCCAAGAUGUGUUCUACAUGAUAUCGUCCAACCAUACCAUGCUGAGUGCUUGCUACGAAAUUCACCUGCGCCCUCCAUUCAUGCUGCGCAAUGCUUUACCAAUCGGACUGACCAUUUCCGUUGCCGGAUGCUCGGUGCGCCGUGAACUGGACACUGGUUUAGUAACGAGCAACGAAAGUCUUUCCACCGCCUCAACGGUUGCCGGAGAGGAUUAUUUGGAUUAUGGUGAAAAGCUGCUUCGUCCUGGGGAGUUGCUUCAUCUGCCGACGGUGAAAACCUCGGCACGUUCGACAACGGAAACUUCCUACAUUGUGGCAAGGCUCGUUGGCUAUUUGGACAAGGACUGGUCGUGCACAACGGAUAUACCCGCUCAGCCACCCGAGUUUGGCGUUUGGGCCUUCAAUGCAUACGAUUCCGUAGAGGUUAUGUCCCUGCAGCUUGGAGUAAAGUAUGAAAAUCGUGCCGACGGUUUAACCUUGAUCGUAUACUGUCCAUUCUGGAUGCUGAACAAAACCGGACUAAUGCUGAGCUAUCGGAAAUCCAGCAAAACGGAGAAGAAAGAAUUAGCCGGUAAAACGAAUUACAAGGCCAACGACGAGAAUACCAACAUACUGUAUCAUCCGCCCGAGUACGAGGGCCCGAUACUGUUCUCCUUCCGCGAGAAGGUAUUCUUCGGGAAAAAGAAGGCAGCGAUCCGCGUCGACACCGGGGAAUGGAGCGACAAAUUCUCGCUCGACGUGGCCGGCUCGAGUGGCGUCGUACUGUGCCAAGCUAACAACAUGACCUAUCAGAUCGGUGUUAACAACACGCUGACGCACAAUUCGCUCACGAAGCAGAUCGUGUUCAUGCCCUACUUUGUGCUGAUCAAUCGGGCAAACUUUGACGUCGAGGUGCAGGAACAUCUGCGGCCGGGAGAUCCGUGGACGAAGGUCGGUGUGAAUGAGUGCGUGCCGCUGUGGCCGAAGACGGAGGAAAAUCGCAUGCUGAAGGUGAAGAGUUGCGAUCUGCCCGAAGUGACGGCACCGUUCAAAUACACCGAGGUGCAGUGCACGCUGCUGCAGUUGCGCAACCGUUACGGCGGCAUUAACGUGGACGUGCACGUUACGGAGGGGGCCAUCUAUAUCACGUUCACCGGCUACUAUCCCGGGGAUGCGCCUGCACUGCUAAUGAACCAUACCUGUGAGCCGUUCGCGUUCAAGGAGAAGGGUGACGUGAAUGGGAAAAUACUGAUGCCGUCCCAGAUGGUGCUGCACACCUGGAUCGAUCCGGCCGGGGAGCGCAAGAUCGUGUGGGAAAGUGGCCCGAAAGCUCAGCCGAUCGAAAACGAUCUUCGGCGUGACGGUAUCAGCGAGUUCAAAUCCCCGACGGAUGGCGUUAUCUACUGGGUAUCGUUUCUGAACGGUACGCAGCGCGUGCUGCUCAUCACGGAUAACUGUAACAUUGCUUACGGCGUCCAUAGCGCUAGCCGGCUAGAUCAGGUGACGCAAGAGGUAAAGCUGGAGAUACACGGCAUCGGGCUGUCGUUGGUCAACAAUGCCAAACCGACCGACCUGAUGUACAUCGGUAUCGCCAGCUCCGGCGUGAUCUGGGAGGAGUGCAAGCGAUCGGGCAGGUUCCGCCAGAUGAAGAUACAGGAAACGAUCAACAUGGAAAAUCAAUAUCAGCAGUAUCUGCGCGACCAGGAGGUGGGCACGGUGGCAAGCAAGUCCUACCAGCUGGAUGCGGAGUCGCGCAUCGGCAUCGACUUCCAGAAUAUGAUCCUGCACAAAUCGACCGAUCGGGCGAUCAAGCGUACGUUCUAUCCGGGGCUGUGGGUGGAGAUGAAAUCGUCCAGCCAUCAGCUGCAGUUCCACGCAAAGGUUAACCGCAUCCAGAUCGACAACCAGCUGGUCGAUUGCAUAUUCCCCGUCGUGCUGGCACCGGUUCCGCCGCCCAAGAGUGUGGCGGCGACGACCGAGUUCAAGCCGUUCGUCGAGAUGAGCAUGGUGCAGCGCAUCAUUCCGCACUCGAACAUUAAGCAGUUCAAGUAUCUGCGCGUGCUAAUACAGGAGUUCCACGUGAAGGUGGAUCUGCUGUUUAUAAAUGAAAUCUGCGAAAUGAUCAGCAGCGAAAUCACCGAAACGGAAGCAAAACGACUGUUUGCCGAGGAUCUGAAGCUUCAAACGCAACCGCUGCACGCGCACGUAGCCAUUCAGUCGCAGCAGGAGGUGAAGAACUUUUACGACAACCUUCACCUGGGGCCGCUCAAAAUUCACGUCAGCUUCUCGAUGGCUGGCUCCGAAUCGAAGGCACUGCCCGGCAUCCUGUCGACGAUUCUGCAGGGCGUUGGCGUAACGUUAACCGACAUCAACGAUGUCGUGUUCCGGCUGGCGUUCUUCGAGCGCGAAUAUCAGUUCCUCACCCAGCGGCAGCUCGUCUCGGAGUGCGUGACACACUACAGCGGGCAGGCGGUUAAGCAGCUGUACGUGCUGGUCCUGGGGCUGGACGUGAUCGGCAAUCCGUACGGGUUGGUGGUUGGUUUUACCAAGGGCGUCGAAGAUCUGUUCUACGAACCGUUCCAGGGAGCGAUACAAGGGCCGGGCGAGUUCGCCGAGGGCCUCGUGCUCGGCGUAAAGUCUCUGUUCGGGCAUACGGUUGGCGGAGCGGCCGGUGCCGUUUCAAAAAUAACUGGUGCCAUGGGCAAGGGUUUGGCGGCGUUGACGUUCGACGACGAUUUCCAGAAGAAGCGCCGUGAUGCGAUGAACAAAAAACCGGCCAGCCUGCAGGAAGGCAUCGCUCGCAGCGGCAAGGGCCUGGUGAUGGGCGUGUUCGACGGUGUUACGGGAGUGUUUACCAAACCGAUCAGUGGCGCUAAGGAGGAGGGCGUCGAGGGAUUCUUCAAGGGUCUGGGCAAAGGUGCGGUGGGUCUCGUUGCUCGACCGAUAGCGGGAGUGACCGAUUUCGCUAGUGGCAGUUUCGACGCGGUCAAGCGUGCAACGGAACUGUCCGAUGAAGCGAUACGCUUGCGUCCUCCCCGCUACCUACACAAGGACGGCAUUGUUCGGCCGUACAAUCGCAAGGAAGCGGAAGGCUGUAAGCUGUUAAGGGAAAUUGAUAAAGGGAAAUUUGCUGCUACGGACGCAUACGCUUAUUACGAGGUGAUCAUUGACAAUAAGGAUGUCGUCGUGCUGACGGAUAGUCGCAUUAUCUAUGCAACCAAGAGUGAAAUGUUUGGUGGAUGGCAGUCCGAGUGGACACACAAAUGGACGGAAAUUCUGAGUAUCUCCACACUGAACGACGGGGUCGAGCUUCUGCUCCACAAUCGGGACGGCAAGAAGACACUGAAGAAAAUGUUCGGCUCAUCUGGACCAACCAAAAAGAUUCUCCUCAUAUCGGUCGCGGCAAGACGUGCCCGACUCGCCGAGGAAAUGCAGCAACUUUUGGCCAAGGUUCAGCAGCAGCAUACGUAAUCGGAUGGCAAAAACUGUAAAAAGUGUGUUCCGUUUCGGGCCGUGAUCGGGAGCAUGAUGAUGACUAUUACCGAACAGCAGAAGCACCUGAAGGAAUGGAGCGCGGUUACUUGCUGCAACGUAACUUAAUUCCGUUAUAGCCUGUUUGUUAUUGAAAUAACGCAAUAAUGUUGUUUUUUUUUGUACGAUUUUUCUCAUUUUUCGUGUCGAAGCGACGAACCGCAUGUAUUUUGUUACACAGCGACUGUUUAGUAAACGUAGUAUUUUAACACAGCUGUGUAAUGCCGCCAUGUGCAACAAAAAACGGAAUCAAUCUAAA